AUGGAAAUGGAGCGACGAAUUCAGAAGGAGAUUCAGAUUUCGUUAGUGUUUCUCAUUUUUCUCAAUUUUCCGCUUCUUGUCAUAUUUGGUUUCGUGUCAAACGAAACACUAUCAAAUUUCGAUUUCUGAUUUGUUCUCCUUUAGUAUGCCUCCACCGACAAUGCACUCAAAGCAGCUCAACAUGCCAGUUUGCAAAUAUGAGGUGCUGGAUGGAUCGCCGACGGGUCCACCUGUUUAUUUUGCAACUGUCGGUCAGAUGGUCAGUAUUGCGCAUUGGUGUGCCGUCAAGAACAAUAAGAGGACAAGCAAAGGAUCAAUGUAGAACUGUUUUUCAGGUCUAUCACAAAUGGACUUGCGAGACGGAACACGAAAACACGUUCUGCAUGCUCGUCCACUCGUGUUUCGUGGAUGAUGGGAACGGACAGAGAGUACAGCUUUUGAACGAGAAAGGGUGUGGUGCCAGACAAGGGUGCGGGACUAGUUACAUUCCAUUUUCAGUUGUGCUUUGGACAAAUAUCUUCUGACAAACCUCGAGUAUCCCACGGAUCUGAUGGCUGGAAGGGAGGCUCACGUGUACAAAUAUGCGGACAGAGACAAUAUGAAUUUCGACUGUCAGAUAUCGAUUACGGUCAAAGAGCCGGGACUAGAUUAUUGUGAUGUGAGUGAUAUAACUUGGCAAAUAAACAAGGAAAAGUUUGAUUUUAAAGGUGCCAUCCUGCCCGGACCCGCCAAGAAGACGAAGAUCGAACAAUCUGCCAGCACCAGUCGAGAACAUGACUCGAAUUGACUAUGAAGGUACGGAAAUCUUGUCUCCGCACGUUGCACCGAUAAGAUACACAUUUCAGAAGAGUCCGAGAUAGUCAGCGACUACAUUAUUCCAAAUGACGAUAUAAUUUCUCUGAACUGGCUGCAGAGAAAUUUCGAUAUGAGAGUUGUAAGGACAGUAUUUUAGGGUUAGGCUAGAAAUUUUUCCAGAGUGAAUUGUGCAUGACCGCCAUCGGAACGACACUUCUCGUCUUUCUAAACGCCUUCCUUUUCAUCAUCUCCGUUGCCUCGAUCCUGCAUGUUUGCUGCUUCCGCACUUCUCCAAAGUUCGACAAUACCAAGUCGACAAUGCUAUAA